AUGGUUCUAUCAACUUUAAUCACGACGACAACGACAACUUUCACUAGCACUACAAGUGUUACGACGAGUUCGAGUACUACAACUACAAGCAUCACGACGGCAACUGCCACCAGUAGCACAAGUAGCACAACUAGUUCGACUACUACAACUACAACCACCACGACCACCACAACUACCAGCGCAACGACUACGACCACUACCACUACAAUAACAACAACUACUACAACAUCCUUCGAUUCAUGUACGGGUUUUUCUUGGAAUCAAACUGGUGAAGUUGUUGCAGGAACUGGCAGCUAUGGAAAAAAUGCUAAUCAACUAGAUAAUCCAGAUGGUUUGUACAUUGAUGCUAAUGACACUCUAUUCAUUUCCGAUACUAAUAAUGAACGUGUGCAAAGUUGGACAUUGGGUAAUGCAAGUGGUACAACAGUAGCCGGUAAUAGUAAUGGUUUAUCAGGUUUGACUUCAACAUUGUUAAACAAUCCUGUUGGUUUAACUUUUGACAAAAACGGAUUCAUGUAUGUAGUUGAUUCUCAAAAUAACCGAGUUCAACGCUUCCCUCCUAAUUCUCUUGUCGGUACAACCGUUGCUGGGCAAGCAUCUGGUUCGUCGUCAACAGCGCUGAACUCACUGAGGAGACCACUCGGAGUAGAUGUUGAUGACGAUUUAAACGUUUACGUCGCUGAUGGUGACAAUCAACGAGUAGUGAAAUGGACUCCGAAUGCAACAACUGGCAUUCUUCUUAUUGAUAAUGGAAUAAUGGGCAGAGUCUAUGGAAUUCUGCUUGCACCUAAUUCAACAAAUCAGGUUUAUUUGAGCGAUGAAAAUCGUGGUAGAAUUUAUCUAUGGACAUUUAAUGCAACUAAUCCAAACACCAUUUUAAACCAAGUCAAUGGUAGUAUCGGCAAUAUGAAUAUGCCAAGAGGUAUUAUUUAUGAUAUGUAUAAUAAUUUAUACGUUGCUGAUGCUGGUAAAUCUGUCAUUAUAAGAUAUUGUGUUAACUCUACUGUUGGUAAUACUGUUGUUGGAGGUACUGGUACCACGCCUACGCUCGGCAGACCAUCAGCUAUAGCAUUUGAUUCAAAUUAUAAUUUGUACGUGGCUGAUGAGAGCUCUGAUCAAGUUGUGAAAUAUGCUCGAUUAUAA